AUGCAAUCACAUCCUUCUUCCGAGUCGUAUUCUCAGUCUGGUUUCGGGGGCCGGAUGGGCUGGGGAAAACGCCCGGCUCUACUGAUUAUAGAUGUAUGCCGGGCAUAUUGGACAGAGCGGUCACCUCUCUCUCUACUGGGAAACCCCGAGGCGGAAGCAGCCCCAGACUCUAUGCGGCGGUUACUGAAGACUGCUCGAGGCAGCGGCGUUCCUGUAGUUUGGAGCGAGGUUCAGUAUACUCACCCAGAGAUGAAAGAUGCCGGGUUAUUUUGGCAUAAAUCCAAAGGCCUCAGUGUGUGGCAAAAGGGUGACAAAAGAGGCCUGGCAGAAUAUGUAGAAGGGAUCGUGCCGCUUCCAGAAGAGACAGUUGUUGUGAAGAAGUACGCCAGUGCCUUUUUUGGAACGACGCUUGCAACAGAGCUUCAAUUUCUCAAUAUCGACACAGUAGUCAUCUGUGGCGUAAGCACCUCGGGGUGUGUCAGGGCCACAACACUAGACGCAAUGCAAUCGGGAUUUCGUCCUAUGGUUGUGGGAUCAGCUUGCGGUGACCGUACACCGCAAAUCCACGCCUCCAAUUUAUUCGAUCUAGACUCCAAAUAUUCCGAUGUAGUCUCGGAGGAGGAGGCCAUUUUGCACCUGUCCCAAGGAUGGAAAGUUGAGGACUAG